AUGCUUGCCUCCACUACUUCACGCAUUGCUCUUCAAGCACGCGCUACUCUUGCUAAGCGUUUCUAUGCAACAGGUGCUGGUGUCAACACACUUUUAUAUGUUGAACACAAAGAUGGUGCUAUCAGCGGUGCUACCUUGAACGCUUUGACUGCUGCCAACAAAUUGGGUGGUUCUAUCUCUGCUUUAGUUGCAGGUGAUGCCCCUGAAGGUGUUGUGAAGCAAGUUGCCAAGUUGACUGGUGUUUCCAAGGUAUUGACAGCUAAAGAUGCUGCUUAUGCCAACACCAUGCCUGAAGAUAUUGCACCUCUUCUUGUUGCAGCUCAAGCACAAUUUGGAUUCACCCAUUUAAUUACAGGUCACACUGCUACUGGCAAGAACAUCUUUCCUCGUGCUGCUGCUCUAAUGGACGUUGCUACUGUCUCUGAUAUUGUUGCUGUUGAAAGCGAAGAUACUUUUGUUCGUCCUAUUUACGCCGGUAAUGCAAUUGCCACUGUGAAAUCAAGCGAUAAAGUAAAGGUUGUUACUGUUCGUGGUACUGCCUUUGAAGCUGCAGGUACCAAGGACGACGGUGCUGCUGAAGAAGCUGCUCCUUCAGCUGAAAAGCCUGCAUUAACUCAAUGGAUCAGUGAAGAAAUCCAAAAGAGUGAUCGUCCUGACCUUGGUUCUGCUAAGCGUAUUAUCAGUGGUGGUCGCGGUAUGAAGAAUGGAGAAAACUUCAAGAUGUUGUAUGAUUUGGCAGAUAAGUUGGGUGCUGCAGUUGGUGCCUCUCGUGCUGCUGUUGAUGCUGGUUUUGUUGAUAACUCUUUGCAAGUUGGUCAAACUGGUAAAAUCGUUGCUCCUGAGCUUUACGUUGCUGUUGGUAUCUCCGGUGCUAUUCAACAUCUUGCUGGUAUGAAGGACUCCAAGACUAUUGUUGCUAUUAAUAAGGAUGCUGAUGCUCCUAUCUUCCAAGUUGCUGAUUAUGGUCUUGUUGAUGACUUGUUCAAGGCAAUUCCUGAAUUGACUGAAAAGGUCAGCCAAUAA